CUCGCUUUUCCAUAUUCCUAUCUAGACGACAAACUUCGCUUUGCUCCGGAAUCAAUUAGGAGCAGGGUUCUUAUUCUAGGAGAGCGACAUCAAUUGCUAGUAACUAACUAGGUUUUGGAUUUCUUAACACAUAUACAGUGUUGGGGCCAAAGGAGGACCCAGGAUUUGAAGGUCACGGGUGCACUUUUGAAUUCGACCAAAAUCUGCUUUAUAUAUAAGUAGGGCAAAGAUGACUCUAUCGGAAGAGGAGCUCUCGAGACUUUUCAGAGUUCGUAGGACACUGAUGGAAAUGUUGGCGGAUAGGGGUUACCUUGUUGGAGAGUUUGAGAUAAAUAUGUCAAAACAUCAGUUUCUUCAGAAGUAUGGUGAGAAUAUGAAGAGAGAUGACCUUGUUAUUCAGAAAGCCAAGCGCAACAAUAGUUCUGAGCUGAUAUAUGUGUUCUUUCCAGAGGAGGCAAAGGUUGGUGUUAAGACAAUGAAAACUUAUACGGAGCGCAUGAAAAAAGAAGAUGUCUUCCAGGCAAUUCUCGUUGUACAACAAAAUUUGACUCCCUUUGCUCGUACCUGCAUUUCUGAAAUAUCUACAAAAUUCCAUUUGGAGGUUUUCCAGGAAGCAGAGCUGUUGGUAAACAUAAAAAAUCAUGUUCUAGUUCCGGAGCACCAGCCACUUACUCCUGAAGAAAAGAAGACCUUGUUGGAACGAUAUACUGUGAAAGAAACACAGCUUCCUCGAAUUCAGAUAACGGAUCCUAUUGCUAGAUAUUAUGGGCUAAAACGGGGCCAAGUCGUGAAGAUUAUCAGACCAAGUGAGACUGCAGGCCGUUAUAUUACUUACCGAUAUGUGGUUUGAGUUAGUUUUGACGUUUUCACCAGUUGAAAUGUAAGCACUGACCAAAAAAGUCAAGUGAUGUAGUUGUUUCCUUCCCAUUUUCUUCCUGUUUUUCUUUUCAUAUGAAAUUAUGAGAGACCAAUUUAUAUGUAAACUACACCUCUGGGCUCUGCA